UUUCAAAACUUGAACGGCUACUUCUUCGAGGACUGCCUCGACUAGGCAACAAAACUGGUCACGCUUCUCCAUCUUUCUCUUUCGUUCUCUUGCUCUCUGUUCCAGAUUUUGCUUAUCUCGAGUCUCUGUCUUACAGAAACCACCUAUUUUCAGCUCCCUGGAGCUUUAUUUCUUCAAGAAAUAUAGUGUAUUUGAGGUUAUACUAGUUCUAUUAGCUCUGUUCCUCUCGAACAAGAGCUCAUCAGUAGUAAUGGGUGCUUCCGGGAAGUGGUUCAAAGCAUUAAUAGGCCAUAAAAAGCUAGACAAGGAUGAUAAUGAAAAGGUCAGUGGGAAGAAAGGGAAAUGGAAGCUAUGGAGAAGCGCGUCUGCUGAUCUUGGAUCCUCAAGGAAAGGUUUUCAAGGUGGGCAGAAAGCGGCAUCAGAGACUUCUGAUUCUUCAUCUGUGCCUGAUGUGUUUAGUGCUGCAGUUGCUACUGUCGUUAGGGCUCCACCAAAGGAUUUCAAUUAAGGUUGUG